UGCGAGGCGGGAGGCGGCGGAGGAGGCGAAGGCCGGCCGGAGCCCCGAGCGCGCCCCAGCCUCGCUCGCAGCCCGGAGCUCGGGGCUCGGCGCCCUCCCGGCCCGCGUGCCCGCGCGGCCACAUGGCUCCUCUCCGCGCGCGGCUGUCCUUCCUGCUGCUCUUGCACUGUGCGCUCUGCGCCAACGCGGGCAGCAGGACCCCAGAGUUGCGCUUCUCAAGAAAGCUCAGUGACUAUGGUGUGACAGUGCCCUGCAGCACAGAUUCUCAGGGACGCUUCCUCUCCCACGUGGUAUCUGGGCCACCAGCAGCCUCCUCAGGGAGUACAGAGGUGGACGGACCACCGGCACCACCGUCACACUCCGGUCACCUGCGGGUGGCUCGAAGCCUACUACGCCCCAAAGGAGUGACCUUGCAGCCUGGCAGGGGGGGACGCUCCUCCCUCUACUUCAACGUCACUGUUUCUGGGGAGGAACUGCACUUACACCUGCGGCCCAACCGGCGGCUGGUGGUGCCCGGAGCCUCGGUGGAGUGGCAGGAGGAUUUUCGGGAGCUGUUCCGUCAGCCCUUGCAGAGGGAGUGUGUCUACACCGGGGGUGUCACGGGCAUGCCAGGGGCAGCUGUCGCCAUCAGCAACUGCGACGGAUUGGCGGGCCUCAUCCGCACAGACAGCACUGACUACUUCAUUGAGCCCCUGGAGCGGGGGCGGCAGGAGACGGAGGCCGGCGGGAGGAUGCACGUGGUGUACCGCCGGGAAGUCGUCCAGCAGGCGUGGACAGAGCCUCUCGGGGACCUUCACAAUGAAGCUUUUGGCCUGGGUGACCUUCCCAACCUGCUGGGCCUGGUGGGGGACCGGCUGGGAGAAGCAGAGCGGAAGCGGCGACAUGCCAAGCCGGGCAGCUACAGCAUGGAGGUUCUGCUGGCGGUGGACGACUCGGUGGUGCGCUUCCACGGGAAGGAGCACGUGCAGAACUACGUCCUCACCCUCAUGAACAUCGUGGAUGAGAUUUACCACGAUGAGUCCCUGGGGGUCCACAUAAACAUCGCCCUUGUCCGCUUGAUCAUGGUUGGCUACCGACAGUCCCUGAGCCUGAUCGAGCGCGGGAACCCUUCUCGCAGCCUGGAGCAGGUGUGUCGCUGGGCACACUCUCAGCAGCGCCAGGACCCCGGCCACGCGGAGCACCACGACCACGUCGUCUUCCUCACCCGGCAGGACUUUGGGCCCUCAGGGUAUGCGCCUGUUACUGGCAUGUGCCACCCCCUGAGAAGCUGUGCCCUUAACCACGAAGAUGGCUUCUCCUCGGCCUUCGUGGUGGCCCACGAGACCGGCCACGUGCUCGGCAUGGAGCACGAUGGUCAGGGGAACGGCUGCGCGGAUGAGACCAGCCUGGGCAGCGUCAUGGCGCCCCUGGUGCAGGCUGCCUUCCACCGCUUCCACUGGUCCCACUGCAGCAAGCUGGAACUCAGCCGCUACCUCCCCUCCUAUGACUGCCUCCUUGAUGAUCCCUUUGCGCCUGCCUGGCCCCGGCCCCCGGAGCUGCCCGGCAUUGACUACUCAAUGGACGAGCAAUGCCGCUUUGACUUCGGCACUGGGUAUCACACCUGCUCAGCGUUCAGGACCUUCGAGGCCUGCAAGCAGCUGUGGUGCAGCCACCCUGACAACCCUUACUUCUGCAAGACCAAGAAGGGGCCCCCGCUGGACGGGACGGAGUGCGCGCCAGGCAAGUGGUGCUUCAAAGGUCACUGCAUCUGGAAGUCGCCGGAGCAGACUUAUGGCCAGGAUGGAGGCUGGAGCUCCUGGACUAAGUUCGGGUCAUGUUCACGGUCGUGUGGGGGCGGGGUUCGAUCCCGUAGCCGGAGCUGUGACAAUCCCCCCCCAGCCUAUGGAGGCCGCCUGUGCUCGGGGCCCACGUUCCAGUACCAGGUCUGCAACGGCGAGGAGUGUCCGGGGCCCUACGAGGACUUCCGGGCCCAGCAGUGCGCCAAGCGCAACUCCUAUUACGUCCACCAGAACGCCAAGCACAGCUGGAUCCCCUACGAGCCGGACGACGACGCCCAGAAGUGUGAGCUGAUCUGCCAGUCAGAGGACACGGGGGACGUGGUCUUCAUGAACCAGGUGGUCCACGACGGGACUCGCUGCAGCUACCGGGACCCGUACAGCGUCUGUGCCCGCGGCGAGUGUGUGCCCGUCGGCUGUGACAAGGAGGUGGGGUCCAUGAAGGCAGAUGACAAGUGUGGGGUCUGUGGCGGCGACAACUCCCACUGCAGGACUGUGAAGGGGACUCUGGGCAAGGCCUCCAAGCAGGCAGGAGCUCUCAAGCUGGUGCAGAUCCCAGCAGGUGCCAGGCACAUCCAGGUUGAGGAGCUGGAGAAGGUCCCCCACCACAUUGCGGUGAAGAACCAGGUCACAGGCAGCUUCAUCCUCAACCCCAAGGGCAAGGAAGCCACGAGCCGGACCUUCACUGCAAUGGGCCUGGAGUGGGAGUACGUGGUGGAGGACGCCAAGGAGAGCCUCAAGACCAGUGGGCCCCUGCCGGAAGCCAUUGCCAUCCUGGUGCUCCCCCCAGCUGAGGGCGGCCCCCGCAGCAGCCUGGCCUACAAGUACGUCAUCCACGAGGACCUGCUGCCCCUUAUCGGGAGCAACAAUGUGCUCCUGGAGGAGACGGACACCUACGAGUGGGCACUCAAGAACUGGGCACCCUGCACCAAGACCUGCGGAGGAGGGAUCCAGUUCACCAAGUACGGCUGCCGGCGCCGACGAGACCACCACCUGGUCCAGCGGCACCUGUGCGACCACAGGAAGAGGCCCAAGCCCAUCCGCCGGCGCUGCAACCAGCACCCGUGUGCCCAGCCUGCGUGGGUGACGGAGGAGUGGGGCGCCUGCAGCCGGAGUUGUGGGAAGCUGGGGGUGCAGACUCGGGGAGUGCAGUGCCUGCUGCCCCUCUCCAACGGUACCCACAAGGCCAUGCCGGCCAAGGCCUGCCCCGGGGACCGGCCCGAGGCCCGCCGGCCCUGCCACCGCGUGCCCUGUCCAGCCCAGUGGCGGACGGGAGCCUGGUCCCAGUGCUCCGUCACUUGCGGAGAGGGCGUCCAGCUGCGGCAGGUGGUGUGCCGGGCCAAUGCCAGCAGUCUGGGGCAGUGUGAGGGGAACAAGCCGGACACGGUCCAGGUCUGCAGCCUGCCCGCCUGCGGAGGAAAUCUCCAGAACUCCACAGUGAGGGCGGACAUCCAGGAACUUGUGACCGCAGAGGGGGAGUGGAUGCCACAAUCUGGGCCCCUAGAUCCCAUCAACAAGAUAUCAUCAACAGAGCCCUGUGUGGAGGACAGGUCCCUCUUCUGCCAGAUGGAAGUGCUUGAUCGCUACUGUUCCAUCCCCGGCUACCACCGGCUGUGCUGUGAGUCCUGUACCAAGAAGGCCUCGGGCCCUGACGCGAGCCCGGACCCCAGCCUGGCCUCACCACCACCCUUCUCCACUCCUGGGAGCCCCUUCCGAGGACCCAAGUCCCCUCCAGAGGCUGUGGAGCCCGCUGUGGGACCAGCGGGAUCAGACGACCAUCAGCAUGGCCGACCCACACAGCUCCCAGGACCUCUGGGCACAAGCUCACCAGUGAGCCAGCGCCGCUUUGCUGCCCAGAAACUGAACCCUACAGUAUUCUGGGGCACUUCCCCUAGUGCCCCCCGGGGACUGCACUGGGGCUGGGCUGGGGCCCCUACACCAGUCUCUGAGGAUAAAGGGCAGCUCAGGGAAGACCCGAAGCAUCCAGGCCCCAGCCUUCCCACCACCCCCCCGGGGACAUGAGCCUUGCCUCGCCCAUCCCACCAGUCAAGUUUACACUCUCUGUGCUGCCCCAGACAUCCCGGCUCAGAGGACACACAGCGGGGCCGGGGCAAGCACGGACUGCCUUUUAAAUUAUUUGCCUUCUUAUUGUUCUAGUUUGGGGCUGUGACACUUUUCAGCCCAUGAAGUGGGUCUAUGAGGAAGAAAAAGAUCAGGGAAAGCCCUAACCGGAGAUA